AAUUCAUAUUCGUUUUUAUGUGCCCUACCCAAGAUGACGUCCAAUCAGCUUUGGGGGAAACUCCACUGAAAAUCCAUCCAAGAGAUUUGAGAACAUUUAACGACCCAUUUCUGAGGAACCCAUUCACAUCGUCCCCUGCUAAAGGUCAUUGUGACGCAUGUGUCGAGUCCUCCGCCGCAAAGAGACCUCUUUCCUCCUCAAUGUGUCAGACGGCGGCGGCGGCCGAGUGGAGGUGCGCGUCGGGGGGCUGUGCCGCGGCCAUGCGCCCAGUCCCGCCACAGCAGCGAUGGAGCACACCCCGAAAAGAAGAAGACCCCGAGGAGGCAAUCUGGUGCCGUGGCUGUGCGGUUUGUUAUUUUUCUGCUCCCUGUGGAGCCCGGCCCGCCCGCAGUGUCCCGACGGCUGCCGCUGCGCCUGGGACACGGCCACCGUGCUGUGUUCGGACGCCGGUCUUCGGGAGGUCCCCGAGGGGAUCCCGUCAGACACGGUGUCGCUGCACCUGGAGCGCAACAACAUCCGGAGCAUCCCCGAGAGCGCUUUCGUGGAGCUGGCCCACUUGCGGGACCUCUACCUGGCGCACAACCGCAUCGACUCGCUGUCCUCGGGGGCCCUGCGGCGCCUGGGCCCCGAGCUGCGCCUCCUGGACCUGUCCCACAACCAGCUGAGGCAGGCCAGCCCGGACGAAUUCGGGGGCACGCGGGCCAAGACGCGCCUGUACCACAACCCCUGGCACUGCGACUGUACGCUCCAGGAACUCAUGGAGACGCUCAACCUGGAACCCGAGACGGUCAACGGAAUCGUCUGCGAGAGCUCGGUACGAGGGCUGGGCGAGGCCAGCCGCUGGGAGGACCCGGGCGUGCUGGGCGAGCACGCCGGACAGCCGCUGGUCAGACUCCUGGACUCGGGCGUGAAUUUCUGCAGCCUGCAUAGGAAGACCACUGACGUGGCCAUGCUGGUCACCAUGUUCGUGUGGUUCUUCAUGGUCAUCGUGUACGUGGUCUACUACGUGAGGCAGAACCAAGCCGAGGCCCGUCGGCAUCUUGAGUACCUGAAGAGUCUACCGAGUCCCCGUAAGACCCCUACUGAGACGGAUACCCUAAGCACCGGCUUCUGAAUGGGAUGAACCGCAAUGUUUCACCCCUCCAGCUAUUGUUAAUAUUUCUUUAAAGAAAAAAAAUCUGUUUGCUCAUGCAAAAUGGCCUUUUUAUGCUGUAGCAAUUUGCUGUGCAACAGGGCAGUUUCAUACACAGUGCACCCCCGCUAUUCGGGAAUAAUCCCCACCGCAAAUAGCAAAACUCUCCGGAAAUGGGUUUGUAAUUGCCUAUAGAUGCCACAAGAUGGCGGCAAAGCAUUUGAAACAGAGACUGGUAUUUGGUUUGGAUUAAUUUAUUCACUGUGGUCUUCAUCAGCACAGAAUUUUAGAUGCGAGUACGCUUUGGACCCCUACUGCUACCGAUGGCAGCAGCACACUUCACAACAUUCGGCCACCAUCAAUUCACAUUGCUUUCUUUGUAUAUCAGUUGGUGGCGGUAAUGUGCCAUGAAGCUGCCAAUAUACCCCCAAAAGAAGAACGCAUCCAAACGGGUUAUGGUGGGGAUGGAUGCCCCCCCUCGCCCAUCCAUACACGCCACUGGCACAGUCGUGUUUUAUGCGCACAUUUUCCGUUUACUGUGUGUUGUAUUACAGUACCAUACUGGAGUGGAACGGAUUCAUUGCAUUUCCAUUCAUUUCAGCGGGGAAAGAAGAUUUCCCCGCUGAGUGUUUUGAGAUAUGAGCGUGAUCACGGAACAAUUUCAACCCUUACCACCGUAGUUCAAUUAUUCAACACAAACAAACCACCUUCACAUGAGGCUCGUCAAUAACACGAAUCUGCAAAGGAAUCGAGGCAACUUAACUUGUUUUUGUCUGUUGACGAUGUUACACAUUUAAUCCAAAAAGGAUUCUUCAGUUCCACAUUUUUAGGAUUCUCCUGAUUUAUUCCUCAUGGGUGUGGGGUGUUGUUGUAUAACAUCACGUUGAGGAAAGACUGUUGCUCGCACAGCUCACCAAAGAAGAGAUGCAAAGCCAGUUAACGCUUACCAUAAAACUGACACAGAAAACAAAAGACAAUUGAACAUUGCAUAUUAAAAAUACCAAUAUUUUCAACCCAACCAUACUGUAUCAUUUCGUCUAACGAAAGUCCACGAGUUUAAUGCGAACAUCAUAAUAAUGCAAAUAAUGCAUAAUGCAAAACUCCAUGGAUGGGCUAACGGAAAUUAGCCGUUACAAACCUUUAAACAACUGCUACUUUAACACAACGUGGUACUACAUUGCUGGUGUAAUUCAAACAUGCCUGGAUACUGUAAAAAAAACCAUGAAAUGAUCCCAAUAUGGUCGGGGUGCCAAAGACGAACCGCAAUGUAGCGGGCUUUCACGGUAUGGAGAAACAGAUGAAUCCACACAACAGGAAGAACUUGAAUUGAUCUUGCUGUGCCCUCUACUGCCUCUUCGGUGUCUCAAUAAAGUCGAAUUGGGACUAAGAAAGAAGCUCAUCAUCAUCAUCAUCAUCAUCAUCAUCGUCAUCAUUGUUAUCUGGAGUGUGUUUGUCACUUCAUCGCUGCUUAUACGGACGCUAUGUGUGCCGGGAUUCGUGCGUGCGUUUUCAGCCAAGAUUGGCUGAAGUGGUUUGUUGCAUUGUUAGAGACAUUUAAAUGCCAAUAACUUCCAAUUUUAUAUAUUUUUUAAGUUUAAAUUAAUGUAAUUUAUUGUCAUUUUACUGAUCAAGUAGGUGAUUUAUUAUCCAUCCAUCCAUCCAUCCAUUUUCUUUACCGCUAAUCCUUAUUAGGGUCGCGGGCUGCUGGAGCCUAUCCCAGCUAACUCCGGGCGGGAGGCGGGGUACACCCUGAACCGGUCGCCAGCCAAUCGCAGGGCACAUAGAAACAAACCAACAUUCCCACUCACAUUCAUGCCUACGGGCAAUUCAGUCUUCAAAUAACUUACACUGCACGUUUUUGGGAUGUGGGAGGAAACCGGAGUACCAGGAGAAAACCCACGCGGGCACGGGGAGAACAUGCAAACUCCACAGAGGCGGGGCCGGGAUUUGAACCCUGGUCCCCAGAACUGUGAGGCAGAUGUGCUAACCAGUCACUCACCGUGCAGUGUGAUUUAUUAUUUUUUAAAUUAAUCAGGGGAUUUAUUUCAUUUAAUUGUAAUUGUGAUAGCAGGUAAUUUAUUCUUAUACAAUUUUUGAUUGAGCACCAGAUGAUUUUUUUUUAUUUUAACCAUUUAAUUAUUUGUUAUUUGUUCCUUUUUUUUAUAAAACAGGCCAUUUAUUAUUUUUUUAUAUUUAUAUUUUGAUUUUGUUAUGUUAUUGCUUAAAAGGGGGAUUUAUACAUUUAAUUUUUAUUGAGCAAAGAGUUUAUUUCAUUUGAUUUUAUUGAUUGAGCAGGUGAUGAUUUUAUUAUUGUACCAAUUGAGCAAUGUAUUUUUAAAAUAUUUGGUUCUGUUUUUAAUUUAUUGAUUGAGUUUUGUUGAUUGAGCAGAUGAUUUCUAUUUUCCUUAUUAAAAUUUUAAUUUAUUUUUAUUUCAUGUUCGUUCAUAAUUCAUUUUCUGGUGUUUUUUUUCUUAUGUUUUUCAACACUGGACCAAGAGAACUGUUGAUUUAUCCUCAGGAAUAUAAUAAUAUAACAUAUAAUAUAAUAAUAUAAUUAUUAAUUACAUUGAGUGAAAGCAAAACUUUCAUUUAUCCUUCUCCAGACGUGCUUACAUUUAACUUAAGUGAAUAUGAAAAAGAAUAAAAUACAAUUUCGACAAAAGAUGGAAUCUUAAAAAAAACUUUUUUAAUAUUAAUGGCUAAAUCUUAUGAAGUCAAGAUGUAUAUUAAGGGGAAAAAAGUAUUUUUUUUCAUGGAAAAAAUAGAUUUGAACUUUAUAGGAAUACAGUUGUAAUAGUACGUGAAAGAAAAAAUAAAUGUUACAAGUAAAAGUUGUAAUAUUUCAAGAAAAAAAAUCCUCAUCUUAAGAGAAAGUUUUAAAGUACUGGGGAAAAAAAUUGCAAUAACGAGACAAAAGUCAAAUUAUGAUUAAAAAAAAAAAAAAAAGUUAUACUUUCAGAAAAUAAACAUCAAAAUCUUACGAGAUUAGAUUUCUAACGGUAUGAGAACAAAGCUGUACUUUUUUUUAAAAAAACAGUAGCUAAUCUUCCGAUAGUAAAGUUGGAGUAUUACGACUCACGAGAUAAAAAUGACAUACUCGCACGAGAAUAAAGAAGCAAUGUUACGAGAAAUAAAUUGUAUGAUUAUGAUUUAUUUAUUUUUUAGAAAUGAAAUGAAAUUUACCUCAACUUAAAGUUGCAAUGAUGUGAAAAAAAUUCAAGAUGAUCUAAUAAAAAAAAUUUUGGGGGGAGAAAAAAACCCCCAAAACUUGAAAAUCUGCCUGACAAUGUUGUGUUCAGGCCUGCCUGGAAAUUUUUACAUUCACUUCAAACUCUCCAGUCUUUUUUUUCACAUAACGCUACAACUUUCUUCUCAUAAGAUGACUUGAUUGUCAUAGUUUAAUAUAUUGUAUAUAUUAUAUAUGGGAAUGUCAAAGUGAUUCAUAUACUCUUUUCUUUGACGAUGGGACACAAACGCAACUUUUGUCCCGAUCACCUUUCAAAUUUCUCUUAAGUGCCUCCUUGCCUUUUUUUCCCCAAACAUUUUCUGUCAACUCACCUAAAUGUGUGUCUGUUCACAUAAAAGGGAACUGUUAUUUUUACAUUACUAAGCCUCUUGAUUGUAUGUGUUUUUGCACGUCUUUUGUGUGACGUGUGCACUUUGUAUUGUCAACUUGAAUGUACCGUAAUGUGUUCUAUGUGACAUACUCUAUGUUGUGUGAUGAGUGGAAUAUAUUUAUCAUUUUUGUAUUUUUGUCAUUAGGCCCGCAAAAUCCGUUUGUUAUUGUCAUGUGACCUUCACAAUAAAUUUGUAUGUGGA